AACAAAUAAAUCGAAAAUCGUGAGUUUUACUUUCCUUCUGACAGGGUUGAGUUUAUUUUGGGAUUUUUACUUUCUCGGAUUUCAAAGAAAGGUCUGCUAUGGAAUGCAAAAGGAUUAUAAUACAAAGUCACCUGAUGGUAGUAAACUUCCGGUAACUUCCCUACGAAUUCUUAGAAAGAUAUACUUUCAACUUAUACAAAUAUAUCUGCCUUCAAAUAAAACGACUCAUUUAUAUCAGAGAACUGUUGCAAUCACACUACUCAUUUUUACUUAAUAAUAUCUAGUUCAGCUCGAGAUUCAGAAAUUGUCGAUCUACAACUUCAAAAAUCAGAUCACAGCCUUGAAAGAUGGGUUGCGUUGGAAGCACUUGUCUCCAAGGAGACUACACAAGCAUACCAGACACACACCAGAACACAACAGACGUUCCUGUCAUGAGGCUUUGCGCCCCAGGAAAAGAUUCCACCUACUUUGCAGAUGUUGGAGACACUGUAGUCUUGUACGUGGACUUUGGACCUAACUGUAGUCCAUGCCCGUUGAAUGAUAUAGGUGAUACAGUUGACAAUGUUGAAGCAAUGAGGAUGGCUGCAGCUGCUGCUACGCCAGGCAGUAGUGGUGAUGGUCAUCAAGAGCGCUUCAAUUAUGAGGUAAUGAUGGCUGGUGUUCUAGUUGAACUCACCUGUCUACACCCUGCAGUCAGAGACAGUAAGAACUACAAGGCCAGUGUUAAGAUUCCCACAGAACGAACAGCAGGAAUUUUGUUAAAUGGUCACUGCAUACCUGUCAGACUACCCUACCAUGUCACAAUUGGUGCAGAUAGUUCCGAGGACCGUUUCGAGUAUCGGGAAAUGACACAAGAAGCUAUAACAUCAGAGCGGGACACUGUGUUUUUCCAAUCCAUAUGGAGCAACCUGAAAGACCACAACUUGAAGAAUAUCAGACAGAGUGUCUCCAGGGAAACCUCACUGUUGGGGAGGUAUGGUAGUUUGGGGCGCACUUCACCCAUUGUUGGUGCACAAGAUCAAAGGGAUGGAAGCAGUGAUAACCAGUCUUCUUUGGAACAACAAGACGUAAUAGUUGAAGGACAGCGAAGGGAAAGAAUAAGAGCCAAGCGAUACUGGCCGGACAGUUGGCAGAUGAAAUUCUGGAGAAGAGCUGGGUGUGACAAGAUUAUACGCUCUAAAAACCCAAUCGCACGAUUCAUUGCAUUAUUUUUUGUCGCUCCUCUGGUAAAUGUUACUGGGCUGAGCCUUCACUACCAGCUAUACCUCUCCGAGAUAUUCCACACAAGAUUCUGGACCCGCCUUCUUCAUUACCUUUGUAUGCCUUUUAUUGUUCUGAUGAUGAUGGCCUUCUUUGCUCAGUGGAGGUUCGUCAUAGACACUAACGACUCUGAUAACUGCUAUAGAACUGGCAACGUUGAGGUUAUGAUACUAAAUGGCUCAAUGGCUCUUGGACUGGCAUUGUGGUUCUGGUACUUAAUAUGGGGAGCCUGUCAACAAACACUACUCAUGGGGAUAUUUAUGAUUGUUCCAUUAUUCAUUCUCUAUCUCCUGGCCAACAUAUUUUUCCAAGUUUCUAUCAAGAACUCAUUGAAAAACUAUCCCUGUACUGCCUGCUGGAAACACACUAAUCACUCUGAUGGCCAUAUUCAGUACUACAAGAUCUUUGAGCUUGUGAAUUGGUAUUACAACCCUGUGAUAUGGGCUGUGGUGUUUUCCUUUAUGCAGGCACUGAGUCAUAUGUUUGAACCUAAAAUACCCCCACGGGUAUCGCAGACAGCACAUUGGAUGUCCUGUUCUCAGAUGUUAAAGAGGAUUGGAUACACAAGGACCCUCUGUAUCUUAUUAGCCCAAGCAAUAUUUGGAACAGUUGAUGAAUUUCUGGCUUCACCAAGACUGUUACCAAUAUUCGUACUAAGAGUAUGCUACGAGCUGGGUUACCACAAGAAGCAAUGGAAAUGGAUGAAGAAGCUGGUCAAGAGGUGUCUACAAUAUGGGGAUCCUGCAUUAGACUAUAUUGGAACUGGGGGUGCAGAAUACUUAGAAAAUACUACUGUAUUCAAAAAUGUUAAUGUUGACACGCUAAAAGCUGAGCUUGAUUCUAUGAAGCUUGCUUUAACUGAUCAUCAAAAGCAGCUUCUUGAAAACCCAAGCCUAUUCAGAGAAUUCAAGGAAAGUGGAAGAACAGAUAACUUUCUAACCCACUAUAUUGUCCUUCGCCAUUAUGUCGCGCAGUACAUCUUACAGGUUUACGCCUAUGGGCCAUUUAGAUCACGAGGUGAUGAACAUCACGCUCAUUGGGAUGGUCAACGAAUGGAGAGGGACUUCGGUGACAAUCACAGCUUCAGGAAUUUUCUUGAUCAAGUCAGAGAUUYUCUGUGGCAGAUGGAAGAUGAUAUGCUUGAGAAAAGAUCAGGCUCCCCCUGUUGCCGAGAUGUUGAGGAAGUUUAAGCUAAAACCUUCAAAUUUAUCUAAGCCCAAAAUGACCUUUGGGCUGAUCUAAAACAGGGCCUAACUAACUCACAUAAUCAACCUUAAAAAAACCUCUGGGCUAUAAUUAUAUAUUACUACAAUAUAUAUUACAGCUAACUCCAACAUUGAACAUUGAAAGACUGGGCUAAUCUAAGUAAGUCAUAGAUCGAACCCUGAAACAACCUCUGGGAUGAU